AUGCUGCGGCGGACUGCGCGGCUGCGGAAGGAGUAUUUGUUUCGAAAGUCUCUGGAGGAAAAAGAGAGACAGUUGGCGGAGAGGAAGCAGCAAGUAAAGGAGACACUUGAGACUGGCAAGCCCCUCCCCACAAACCUCCGUGCUGCUGCUGCUGCUGCUGCUGCUGCUGCUCCUGCUGCUGCUGCUGCUCGCCUCGCCCAAGUCCUCGACCUCGACGACCCCCAAACCCUCGCCCCCAAGACCCACGUCGACGACGAAUAUGCCUACGCCGGCCAGCCUACCCGGCUAAUUGUCUCUCAUUUGCCGCACGGCCCCACAGCCCACUUUACCCUUUCGGGUGUCUGUCUCCGUCAUGACUUGCCAGAGAAGCCACCCAACAUGUCCCAGGUCCUUUUUGUCUCCUUUGCUGCUGCUGCUCUGCUGCUGCUGCUCUUUUGCUGCUGCUGCUGCUCUGCUGCUGCUGCUGCUGUGCUGCUGCUGCCGUUCUGGCGUUUGCUGCGGCCUGCAGCAGUCGCCCCUUCGCUGCUGCUGCUGCGCUGCUGCUGCCCCCCAACUGCCGCUGCCGCGGCGGAACUGCCGCUGCUGCUGCUGCACUGCUGCUGCUGCUGCACUGCUGCUGCUGCUGCUGCUGCUGCUGCUGCUGCUGCAGGCCCCGCCGCACCUGGUGUUUCACAACUUCGCGUCUGCUGUGGGGCUGCGGGUCCUUUCGAUUUUGAAGUUUUUGUUUCCGCCUUCUACGGUGUCUAG